UAAUUUUUCAUUUGGAAAUAUAUUUUCAACUUGUAGAGUUACACUAAUAAAAGGGAUGAGAGGUGCUCUCUCCUCUCUCCUCCUUUUAGUUUCACUGCUCGGAAGGUGGUUCUCGCGGCCCGCCGCCGCCGUCUUCACGACCAGCUUGCGGAAUCAGAAUAAAGGUAACUGGUUGAACAGAUCGCUGUCCGAUCGUAUCCAGGUGUUGGGGAUGAACAGAACCCCUAUCAGCAGCAUGAAGGAUGGAACUCCCCCAGCUGAUGCGAGCCCAAACCCGAAAAGGGCAUCUCAGGGAAUUGGCCGGCGCAGAGCUCUAGGGCGCCGCCUGAAGAAACGUGCGAUCCAUGCUGCCUUUGCUGAGUUUGAAAUUCCAGAGGAGCGUCCAUCAAAGCGAUAUCGGCAAAUGCCAAGAUAUCAAUGGCGAUUCUGGCUCCUAAACUCGUCAGAAUUAGACGAGGUUGACUCUGUUGAUGUCCCGUUAGCGGGGAGUAAUAUGCAGACUAUGCGAUUUCCAAUUGAGCGCCAUGAUUUUUGUGAAAUAUUGGCUCAAUCUUUACCGUUAGGGGAUGAGAUUUUUCCCGUGAAGCCAGAUCGUGAGGAGGCUGGGUUGUGCCAGAUCUGCUUCUAUGGCAUCACAAUUAACAAAACCACAAGUGAACAACAUGAUAAGUGUAUAGCUCGGAAGACCCCCUGGGGGGAUGAGAUACAAUUACAGUUCCGGGAACGCGAACUUCCGUCUCCGGCAGGUGGGGGUGCGGCGUAGCUGGGCGGUUACAGACGUAUUUGGGACUGAUUUUCCAAUUUUUUCGGGCGAGAUCCUUGGAUAUCAUUUCCAAUUAAAAAACCAAAAUCGUAAACCGUCUCAGAGAUAUCCUAAUCCAAGACGAAUUCUAAUUGACGACAGAAAUAGGAGAGCACGGCUCUUGGGGAAUUUGGGGAUGUUUUCCUAUAAAACCACUUCGCCUUUCUCUAUCCCAUCACUGUGCAGUCCUCGGAGCCUAGAGAUUGACAUAGAGGCGAGAAUAACAGGCCCUUCCCACCAGCAGUGUGUUGCUCCUCUGAGUUCGUCAUGUAAUUGGUUUUACUCCCAACCCUUUAUCCCUCCCGCUGUUUUACUCGUUGCUGCUGCGCGCAUAAAUUUGAAUGCCCAGG